AUGCCCUCUUCGACCAAGGCAGCAGCGCAGGCCAGAAGCGUUCCCAAGUUCAACGUCGUCAUUCGCUGGAGCGCAGACCCCCAACAGAUUUGUCGUCUGCUUUCUAUCAUCAAGUCCAACCCUCUAUGGCGUCAAGCAUGCUUCCCUCAAGGCAUCACCACCGUACCCAAGCUAUACAAGAUCUAUGUCGACAUUUUCCUCGUCUUUUGUGAAAACGACCCAGCGAUGAGGGACGCGGAGAGAGAGGGACUUGUCAAGAGAGUGAAAGGCGACGGUACGCAGAAAAAGUGGGAAGCGACGGAGCGUUUCAGCAGUAGGGUGGGAAAUCCCGUGAGGAGGAAGAUAGACUCAUUGAAGAGCGCCUUGAAAUCCGGGACGUAUACCAACAAGUUUCAUCCGUCCUGGAAGAGAUGGAGCAAUGUGCCCAAGCACACGAGAGCCAGCCUCCAGGCUGAACAUCCAUAUUACUUUCAGCUGUUGGAACUUGCCCAGUCAUCCUCCGAAUUCGUCCUCCCCCCACGCUCCGCAGACGACGAAGCACGUCAGUCUGGCCGCAAACGCAAACUCCAACCUUCCCUCGACGUCGAAGACCAUAGAGGCUCUCGAGUGGGUAUCCACAAACGCCCUCGGAUCGCUUCCCCCUCCUUAUCCUAUCAAGCCGAGAGUGAAAUGGAGGCAGACGACAACGAUAACACAGAGCCUCCGGCUUCAAGAAGCAAUCAACCCCCAUCAUCUGUCCAGGCGUUGUCCUCUCGCGGGAACACAACCACUGUUGCGCCUCCCCAACUCGCCUCUGCCUCCAUCGAAGCGUUGACAGAGUGUCAGCUCGCCACCGACAAGGAGAUCCUGGCUCUAUUUCGCGCCAACCCCGACCUCCUCGAGGCAGUAAAACGGGCCCAAGGCUUUGAAGACUCGCCCCCCAAAAGGCGUAAGGUCGUCCCCUCUCUGUCCCCUGUCGAGAUGGCAAGAGCACUAUCGAUCGCUCGCGCCCGCCCCAGGUCGUUCCGCUACCCCAACCGGUACAACGACGACGUCUCUGGUGGCUUCCUCUUCUGUCUGCGCCGUCUCUUGGGGUUUGCCAAAGACAUCAGAAGGGCAUUCCGCCCUGAAAUCUUCCUUGCCUGGUGUGACCACAUGGGUCUCUUUGACCUCCAGGCCCUCUUUGUUGAUUACCCCCCUUUCACCGACUGGGAGGAGUGUUUCUUUGGCCUCAGUGCCGCAGGAGUGCGCUUCUUGUGGCAGAAAUUCCAAGAUCGACAAGGCGUCACCUCGGUGGCUGGUCUCGAACUGGUUCUCUCCUUUGUCCCUCCCCUCCCCCAGUGCUCCCCCGUCAAUCUAGAAGUACUGUGGACCAUCAGCUCCAGCCAUGGUGCCGCCACAGCCGAAGAGAUCCGUCAGGAUCUCCUGGAGUGGAAGGAUGAAGAUGGCCUCCCUUUCCUCUCGUCCCUCGGCCUUAUCAGGUCAACUCCCCUCAACAGGACAGAGAGAGGGUCCUGGCGAGUACAAGGAGAGCCCAAUUGGGGUGCGGUGCACUUGACGCAAGGGGACAAGCGAUGGGUGUACAAUAAGGCGAAGUGGAUGACGUGA